ACACAAUGUGCGUUUGGUGGAGGAGAAUAUGCUGUGUAGCUUGACAUGUUGACGGUUCCAUAAAACCCACCAACUCCCGGGUCACUAUUUUCCAAAGAAAAUCAUUCUUUUUAGUUUUUUUUGUUUUCUUUUGUUCUUCGUAUUUUGCUUUGCCAGAGACAAGCAGUUGAAUUGGAGUAGCAGCCAUAGGCCCCUAGCAAUCGCUCUCUGAAUCCUCUCUGUCCUUUUUGUUUUGCUCUUCUUCCACGGUCGAAACACCCAUUAAUUAAAUUAAUCAGAUUAGUUCGUUCUUUGUUCUCAAACAGCUGUUCUUGGUGCCAAUCGUGCACUCUUGAAGAAGAAGAUUAGCAGCGCACCUAUAUCCAUCGCACCUGUAAUCAAUAAGAAAAUCUUAUUGAAGCAGAAUACAAAAUUAUUUUGCUUUUGAUCUAUAUCUAAUUUUUUAUGAUUAUUAUAAGUUCCGAGGCUCAAACCAUAAUUCCGGUGCCUCCAAAGCGGCAAACAAAAUGUCGGCCGUUCCGAUUGAACCCACAUUGUUUCCUACGACGCCGUCUCACUCUUCUUCUUCUUCUUCUUCUUCUUCUUCAUUUCUUCAAUCUCCUCAAAGGGCCCUGUGUUUGGGCGAUAUGAGAGGGGUGCGAUGGCGAAUUGAUUUGGGGAUUUUACCCUCAUCUCUCACUUCUUCCAUGGCAGAUCUUCGGCGCGCCACUGCAGACUUAAGAAGAAACUAUGCUGCUAUCAGGAGACAGCUUCUCAUCGAUCCACAUGUAUUCAAGGAUCGAAGUAACUCUCCAGAUCUUGUUAUGGACAAUCCACUAUCUCAAAACCCUGAUAGCAUUUGGGGUCGCUUCUUCAAGAAUGCUGAGUUAGAAAGAAUGGUUGACCAGGAUUUAUCUCGCUUAUACCCUGAGGAUGGUAGCUAUUUCCAAACCCCUGGAUGCCAGGCAAUGUUGCGGCGUAUUUUGCUUCUAUGGUGCCUUGGACAUCCUGGGUAUGGUUACAGGCAAGGAAUGCAUGAACUGUUGGCCCCACUCUUAUAUGUUCUCCACGUUGACAUUGAACAUCUCUCUGAAGUGAGGAAUAUUUAUGAAGACCACUUCACCGACAAUUUUGAUGGUUUCUCAUUUCAUGAAAAUGAUUUGACAUAUAAAUUUGAUUCCAAAAAGUUCUCUGAAUCUCUUGGAGAAGAAGACAAAUCUGUCAAAACUCCAGUCAAGACUAGUAGUCUUGGUGAACUUGAUCCCAAGAUUCAAUCCAUUGUUCUACUAAAUGAUGCAUAUGGUGCUGAAGGCGAGCUAGGUGUUCUUUUGUCUUUGAAAUUUAUGGAGCAUGAUGCUUAUUGUAUGUUUGAUGCUUUAAUGAGUGGUGCUGGUGGUGCUGUUGCUAUGGCUGAAUUUUUCUCCCCUUCCCCGUAUGGGAAUUCACAAACUGGCUUGCCCACUGUCAUCGAAGCUUCUGCUGCUCUAUAUCAUUUGCUUUCUCAGGUCGACUCAUCUCUCCAUAGCCACCUUGUUGAGCUUGGUAUUGAACCCCAGUAUUUUGCACUACGUUGGUUCCGUGUUCUCUUUGGGCGUGAAUUUGCACUUGAAGAUCUUUUGAUUAUCUGGGAUGAAAUAUUUGGAUGUGAAAAUAUGAAGUUGGAGAACUCCACAGAAAGUCAAGGGGAAUUUGGCUGUAUUGUGCUGAAUUCUUCUAGGGGGGCUUUCAUAUCUGCUUUUGCGGUUUCCAUGAUACUAAAUGUGAGAUCUUCACUACUUGCAACAGAGAAUGCUACUGCAUGCCUGCAGAAGUUGCUGAAUUUUCCGGAAGAUAUAGAUUUGGAGAAGUUGAUAGCAAAGGCAAAAUCUUUACAGAGCUUGGCAGUGGAUGCCAAUAAGUCGGCUCCAUUUCUAAGUUAUGAUGGAAUCUACCAGAGAAGCAGGUCAACAGCAGUUAGAGGUCAUAGUCAUUCAUUGGAUUUAACUACUACUCCUUUGAAUUUGCUAGCUGAAACCUACUGGGAAGAGAAGUGGAGAGUUCUGCACAAGGAAGAAGAAAACAGGAAAUGUAUUGAACGGACCCAAGUUCCGGCACACAAGAAGUCUUGGUCUGAGAAAGUAAAAAUGCGCCUGUCUAGAACUGAGUCAGACCCAUCCCCAUCUACAGUUGAUGGUGUAAGAGAAGUACCAAAGUUAGCUGUUAGAAGAAGUUUGUUAAAAGAUCUGGCUCGGCAGCUUGGGUCUGAUGGAGAUCAAUAUAACCUGGUUCAUGAAGAGAAUGCAGGCCAGAGGGAUUUGGUUGAUGCUAAUGGACAAGACCGAGGUAACAUAGAUUUCACUUGCGCAUCUGAGAAGUGUUUCAGUGCAAAGACGUCUAGUCAACGGGAUUCUUCUUCUUCUUCUGACCCACCUAGCCCUAUCAGUGAUAAUAAUCAUCAGGAGAUUGGAUCAGAUAGAAGCAGUGUUGCAUCGAAUUCGUCUGUCGGGGACAAUAAUGUUGAAGCAUCCAGGGCCAACUUAGAAGGAUCUCCUCUUCCUCUAGAAGGGGUUUUUGUGAAACCUGAGCAAAUUGAUGAAUCUGGGGCAAAUUCCACAGCUUUCUCGAAGGAACGGAAGUUUCUGUCUGGAAAAUUUAACUGGUUUUGGAAGUUUGGCCGGAAUACUGGUGAAGGGACAUCUGGAAAAUAUAGUGGCUCUGAGGUGGACAAAGCCCCCCUUGAUGCAAACAGCCAGAACAAUCUCGCUGCAUCUUCUACAACUCAUGAGUAUGAUUGUAAUGGAACUAGCAAAGGGGAGAGUAUAGACCACAAUUUAUUAAUUUCAUUGAAACAUUUGGGCAGUUCUAUGCUUGAAAAUAUUCAGGUAUUUUCCAUUUAUAUUCUUAUAGUUAGAGUAUAGACCACAAUUUAUUAAUUUCAUUGAAACAUUUGGGCAGUUCUAUGCUUGAAAAUAUUCAGGUGAUCGAGCAAGUUUUUCAUCAAGAUGAGUCUCAAGUCGGGCCAUUGGAGAACUUGUCCAAGAGUGUUCUUGCCGGUAAAGGACAAGCUAUGGCUGCUUUAAAGGAGCUUCGGAACAUCAGCAAUCUUCUGUCAAAGAUGUAAGAAGCAAUAGUAAUUGAAAUGAAAUCUGUACAGUAUAUAUUUUGUAAUUAGUUAUUCUUGUGAGUGAAAUGAUCAGCUUACUUUGUAUUUUAUAGGAUUGUUAUUAUUAUGAGUAUUGUAUCCUUGGUUAAGAUAUACUGCAUCGUGCCACUGCACUGUAUUCUGGAACUUGUAGCAUAGAUCAGCUUGGUGUUAGGUAACAUCAUCUGCAAAUGCAUUUUCAUUGGUAGGAUCUCGAUACGGGUUCAUAAGGGAAGUCUUCUUUUCAGACUCAAUCAGAUGUAUAUUCGAGUACGGUAUUUUUGUAAAUUUAAUCUUUCACCGGCCUUUUCUAAAUAUCAC